AUGUCGUCUACCACGACGAUGACGAUGACUACUCGUCCGACAUCUCUAUCGGAUUCUGGGGUCCAGCUGUCUCCAGAUGCGGAAAGACCUUCUGAAACAUUGACUUCCUUGGCUUCUCCCUUAUCUGAAGGCGAUGACAGUCAGAGAGCAAAAAGUCGGAUGGAAAAAUAUUUUGCUGAGAAACCGGAUAAGAACAUUUUCAUGAAAUUGAUUCAUCCUAGCUAUCACGAGAGGAAUUUGCAGUUCAAGAAGAUAUUUGUUGAUAAAGGAUUGAUUGAAGAUAGCGAUCAAUUUUUGGCUUCCUAUUCCUGUGCCUACCAACGAGAGAUUCUUGCCCAAGGACGAAUGUUCAUAUCUCAAUUUAAUGUCUGCUUCUACGCUAACAUCAUCGGCUGGGAAACGACUUUGGUGAUCCCUAUGAAGGAAAUCAAAUUGAUAAAAAAGAUGAAAGCUGCAUUCAUUUUUCCGAACUCUAUUCAGUUUGAACGAGAUACGGGGGAAAAGUACUUCUUUGCAUCAUUCAUCAAUCGAGACAAAUCGUUUCAAAUUCUGACGACAGCGCAGCAGAAAGUGGUUGGAGAAGAAGGAAGAGCAAUGACGAGAGAAGAAGUUUGGGAUAUGGUUUAUAAGAACCCGCAGAUUCAUACGCCUCCGGAGGGAAGUUCACCAGCCUCAACCAAGAACGCCUCAACGGAAAAUAUGACAAAUCUGAGCUCUCCUUCAUUUAAUGGAUCAAUUUCCCCACGCACUGAAACAUCUGCAGUAUCAACACUGAAAAAUAUUGAUAAGGAUAACACUUCUCAAAGUUCAACAUCUUCUGAUUUCCACGAUGAUGAUUCUGCUCAUCUCUCUGAGCAAUUCGAUAUGGAUGAAGAAGAGAUCGCUUGUCCAUGUGCUGAGCAUUCUGGACGUCUUCUGAUGGAUAAAGAAGUAAAAGUUUCUGUUGAGAAGUUCUAUGAACUGGUAUUCACAGAAAACGAUUUCAUGGCUGAAUGCAAUAAGAAGACAAAAGUUGACUCGUAUGUGGCUGCAAUGUGGCAUCGAAAUCAUCAAGGAGAAAACACCCGUACCUGCACUUAUACCGUAUACGUUGCAAAUCCACUGGCAUCCAAGGACAUUGUUGUGAAUGAGAAACAAAUUCUGACUCAUUUCCCCAAUCCAAAACAUGGAUUCAAAAUGCAAAAGGAGACACAGAACUCCGGAGUUCCAUACGCAGAUCAUUUCACUGUUAACUGCCAAUACUGUGUUUCGAGAAUCGGAUCCGCUUCGUGUCGUGUCAAAGUUUAUGGAACGAUUGUUUAUAAGAAAAGUGUAUGGGGUGUUGUGAAGAACUUCAUCGAGAAACCAACCUACAGUGCAUUGGAGGAACAUUAUAAAAUAUUGAACGCUAUGUUUGAUGAUUAUGCGAAGAAAAAUCCUGAGCCCGAGAAGAGAUCCCUCACAUCCGUCAACUUCCCACAAAUCACAGAGUCAACAACAACAAAAGAAUCUGAAAUUGAAUCGAAAAAUACACCAGAACUUCGUCACCGUCGGUCCAAAAAGUCAGAUCGGCUGAUUGCUGGUGGAGAACACAGCAAACUGUCUGAUGAAGGAUCGUUGGUUUCUUCUGACAUGCACUUCCGAAGUGAAAUUUCUCGUGGAAUUCAACCGAUAACGGUGACUAGCUCUCCAGAGUACAAACCUUUCUUGUAUAUGAUCACUGGUUUGCUCGCCGCAUUCCUUAUCCUGAAUCUUUUCGUUCUUCGUGGAUUUCAAAAAGAAUCAACUGCUCAAGUUAUCAGUAAAAACGAAGAAGAUCUCACUCAAAUGUUGUCUGCUUUGAUUGAGCAAGUCAAAGAGCUCAAAGAAAAAGUAGAUCAAAUGAACAAAAAUAAUUAA